AUGCCCGCUGAGUGCAACCAAGUCGAAGACAAUGAUGACAGCGACGAGGAGCAAGUUGAAUCCCCGACAUUCCCUGAAAUAUCAAAUGAGAUUAGGGCAACUAUAGAAAAAUACGGCACAGUUAUCCCGAAACUUAACUGGAGUACACCAAUCGAUUCGCGAUGGAUCAAUCCAACAAACACGAUAAGCUGCACAACGUUAGAUGAGGUAUACAUGCUUCUCAAGUCCUCAGAUUUUAUUGCAGGUGAGCUGGCUGGCCAAGCGUUUGAAGAAUGCGUAGAUGGUCCACCAAUUGAAAUAGAAUGGGAAUUAGCUUUGAAGCAGCAUAUAGAAAUCUCGCGCAAUCAGGAGUUUAGAGUAUUCGUCAGGGACAAUAGAAUUGUCGGGAUCUGUCAACGUGAUCUCAAUUUCUAUGACUUCUUGCAGGAUACGCAGACACAGGAUCAAUUAAAGAAACUGAUUGAAAAAUUCUGGCUGGAUCACAUCAGGGACACGUUCUCUAGUAAUAAUUACGCAGUGGACGUCUAUAUCAAUCAACACGAUAGAGUCAUCUUGGUCGAUUUCAACGUCUACGCAUUAAGGACCGACAGUCUUUUAUUCAGUUAUGAAGAGCUCAGUGAAUUAGCUCAAUCAGACGCGUUCCCAUUCAAGGUGAUUGAUACUCCUGCCGAUCCACUCGCCCAAACCGGGUCUUAUUAUGCAAGCUCAGCUGUGCCGAAGGAUCUGAUCGAGGCUAGUCAAGGGAAGAAUGCCAUGGAAUUCCAGCAGACCUGGAAUGAACUUAUCGAUUCAAGCAGGAAAGCUUAA